AGAAUGAAAAUUUUACCUUUUUCUCCUACUACACAAAUCAAAACUUCCUUUCGAUCAAAAAAAAAUCCCCUUUUCAACAUUGUCUUUGUCAUCCAAUCCAUCACAAUGGCGUUGUUCUAUUGUAUACGAAAAGCAUUAGUUAAAAGCUAUAGCUCUCCGAUAGAAUAUUAGAACGGAACGAUCCAUUACAUAAAAGCUAUUAUCCUUUUGAAAAUCAAACAAAAGAACUAACCCUCCUUGUCAACUUCCUUCGUACAUUGCAUUCAGUCGUUCUCCUCCACUGUUACCAACCAAAAACAAAAACAAAAACAAAAAAAUAUACAUAUUUUUAAAAAUGACUAAGAUCACAGCACCAAUUGAUUCCCAACUGUUUGUAUAUAUAUAUGCAGCAUAUUCUUACUCUUGUUUGUGAAGUUUACAGUGAGGUUCAGCUUGUUGUUUCCUGCAACAUGGUGAGGGCUCCUUGCUGUGAGAAGAUGGGUCUGAAGAAGGGGCCAUGGACGCCGGAGGAAGACCGGCUGCUCGUCUCUUACAUAGAAAAGCAUGGCCAUGACAACUGGAGAGCUCUUCCUAAACAAGCUGGGCUGUUGCGGUGCGGGAAGAGUUGCCGGCUGCGGUGGACGAAUUACCUUCGACCGGAUAUCAAAAGAGGAAACUUUACCAAGGAGGAGGAAGAGACCAUAAUCAAGUUGCAUGAGGUUCUUGGCAACAAGUGGUCGGCCAUAGCAUCAAGCCUCCCUGGAAGAACAGACAAUGAGAUCAAGAAUGUAUGGAACACCCACUUGAAGAAACGAAUCAAACCGAACCAAACAGGCUCUAGACCGAAGUGUCGUGCCAAUGCAAUAAAGUCUGGCUUUGAAGCGAAACCCAUCAGUCACCAAGCAAUGUCGAAGCUAGAAUUGGAUUGCUUGAGUCAGCCCUUCAGUGAGGCCUCAACCCCUUGCAUCAAUUUGUUCAACAAGGCGGGCGAGGGCGAAACUAGUAGUGUGGAUGUCAAGGAAGAGGCUAUGGUUUCUCCGUGUGAGUUUUCCGACAUCGAGGACAGUCUAUGGCUAGAUGCAUCCUUUGCCGAAUAUGAUACCUUUCGGAAUGACUCAUUGGCAUUGUUCCGCUCGUCGAGUGGCAAAGAGGAUGGAAUAGAUUUUUGGUUGCAACUGUUCAUGGAGGCCGGGGACUUUGAGGAAUUACCCGAAAUCUGAAAUUUUAACUGAUAUCAACUUGUAAUUCGGCUAGAUCUUUCACCAUUGUAAGAUUAGGAUUAGAUCGAAACGAUGAUGAUAAUGUGAGAAUGGAAGAUUGUAAGAGAUCAUGUAAACUACUAACCUUUCUUUUCUAUGAACACUUUC